CGGGAAACUUGGGGAAAACGAUUCGUCAGGCCGGUUACGUCUGUACGAAAUCUCUCCUCCCCCUGGUUCCAGUGACCUGCCAAAUUGAGUGUGCGUUACAUUAUUCUGAAAGUGUAGACAGACGUUUGUUAACAAAGGCUUAGCUUUAAAGGUUUGUGGAGAACCAGGUCAUAUUUAUGAUACAGACUGUUCGAUAGUGUUCAUUUGCUAGCCAGCAUACGGCUAGCUGGCUAGCCAUUAGACAGGAGCUGCUGGUUAGCAAGGCAGCUAGCGCUCCAGGAUACGGAGUUCGUAUUACUCCGUAAACAACUCAGCAGUUUGUUACUUCAAGAGUCCACAGAGUGCUAUUGAAUAAUAAGCGAAGAUGAGAAUAAUGCUGGAUUUCGAAGAAUGUCUUAAGGACUCUCCACGGUUCAGGGCCACGAUAGAGGAGGUGGAGGGGGAUGUCGGUGAACUGGAGACCAAGCUGGAUAAGUUGGUGAAACUGUGUAUCGGAAUGAUUGAUGCUGGAAAGGCCUACAAUCUAGCCAACAAGCAGUUUGUGAGUGGCAUCCGGGAGCUUGCACAGCAGUCAACCAAAGACGAGGUCAUUGAGUCUAGCCUGACCAAGUUUGCUGAAAGCCUGCAAGAGAUGAUCAACUAUCACACAAUAUUAUUUGACCAAGCUCAGAGAUCAAUCAAAUCCCAACUCCAGGCGUUUAUGAAAGAAGACCUGCGGAAAUUCAAGGACGCCAAGAAGCAGUUCGACAAGGUGAGCGAGGAGAAGGAGGCGGCCCUGACCAAGAACGCCCAGGCGCCGCGCAACAAGCAGCACGAGGUGGAGGAGGCCACCACCAUCCUCACGGCCACGCGCAAAUGCUUCCGCCACAUCGUCCUCGACUACGUGCUCCAGAUUAAUGUGCUCCAGUCCAAAAGAAGAUCAGAAAUCCUCAAAUCGAUGUUGUCCUUUAUGUACGCCCACCUGACGUUCUUCCAUCAAGGCUACGACCUGUUCAGUGAGCUGCAGCCCCUGAUGAAACAGCUGGGGGGACAGCUGGACCAGCUAGUGGUGGAUGCAGCGAAGGAGAACAGGGACAUGGAGCUGAAGCAUUCCACUAUUCAGCAAAAGCCAGCAGGUCACCACUCCUCCUCCUCCUCCUCCACUCCAUCCCAGGAUGCUCCCGUAUCCCUGGCUUUGGCUGCUGCUCUGCAGGACUUUUCGAAUGACGACACCAAGCUGGAGUACAAUGUGGAUGCCGAGAAUGGAAUCGCCAUGGAGGGUUACCUGUUCAAGAGGGCCAGUAAUGCCUUCAAAACAUGGAACAGGAGAUGGUUCUCGAUUCAAAACAAUCAGCUAGUGUACCAGAAGAAAUUUAAGGACAACCCCACGGUGGUGGUGGAGGACCUGAGGCUGUGCACGGUGAAGCACUGCGAGGACAUCGAGCGCCGCUUCUGCUUCGAGGUGGUGUCGCCCACUAAGAGCUGCAUGAUGCAGGCGGACUCUGAGAAACUGCGGCAAGCCUGGAUCAAAGCCGUCCAGAAUAGCAUCGCCACAGCCUUCAGGGAGAAGGGAGAUGAAGGAGAGAAGCUGGACAGGAAGUCGUCCACGUCAACGGGCAGCCUGGACUCGAGUGGCGAGCCGCGGGAGAAGGUCUUGAAGGGGGACAGCGCUCUGCAGAAGGUCAUGGCCGUCGCCGGGAACACCGCCUGCUGCGACUGCGGCCAGCCAGACCCCCGCUGGGCCAGCAUCAACCUGGGCAUCACACUCUGCAUACAGUGCUCCGGCAUACACAGGAGUCUGGGAGUUCACUUCUCCAAGGUCAGAUCCCUCACUCUGGACUCUUGGGAGCCUGAGCUACUGAAGUUAAUGUGUGAAUUGGGGAACGGAGUCAUCAAUCAGAUCUAUGAGGCUCGGCGAGGGGAGCUGGGUGCCAGGAAACCCCACCCUGGAGACCCCAGGCAUGAGGUGGAGGCGUACAUCAAGGCCAAGUACGUGGACCGGCGGUUUGUGCGGCGGCCGUCGGACGAUGACCUGAAGCUGAAGGUGGUGAGCCUCAGCAAGCAGGAGAAGCGCCUGAGCACCAGCAGCUCUGAGCUCCUCCCCCCGCGAGCACCGCCCCCCACCCCCAAACUGAGGCCAGGGUCCGGGGCAUCAGCAGCGGCCGGCAAUGAGGAGGUGCGUCGUGAGUCGCUCUUUGGUGCAGACGAGUUAGACUCGCUCUUCUCCUACUUUGAUACCUCCUCAAAACGGCGCAGUACUGGCGCUGCCUUGGCUGGCCAGAAAGAAAAGAGCGAGGACAGUGGCAUCCAGAACAGUGCUGACGGGAGCAGAGAGAUGCUGGCCAACACUGCCUCAAGCAACUGCCUGAAUGACACAGAAGCAGUGGAAACGGAGCCGGAGGCCGAGGCGCCGGUGUGCGUGGCGUCGCCGUGUAAGGAGCAGGUGGUGUUCUCGGAGCCCAAGGAGUACUCCACUGGCCUGCAGCUCUACUGGGCCUCCUGUGCCCGCAGCCUGCCCGACAUGGCCCAGGCCCUCGCCCACGGGGCAGAGGUCAACUGGAUCAACGCCGAGGAUGACAAGAGGACGCCACUCAUCAUGGCCGUGCAGGGGGGCUCUCUGGUGACGUGUGAGUUCUUGCUCCAGAACGGGGCUAGCGUGAACCAGCAGGACGUGCACGGGAGAGGACCCCUACACCACGCCACCAUACAGGGACACACUGGACAAGUGUGUUUAUUCCUGAAAAGAGGAGCCAAUCAGAAUGCGACAGCCAUAGAUGACAAAACGCCCUUGUCCAUCGCCGUGGAGGCCGCUAACGCUGACAUUGUGACACUGUUGCGUCUGGCCAAGAUGAACGAUGAGAUGCGGGAGGCGGAGGGCCCCUACAGUCACUCAGGAGAUGAAACUUAUCAGGACAUUUUCCAAGACUACACCCAGAUGGCAUCAAACCACCCCGACAUGUUGAACCGAUCCCAACCAUAUGACUCUCCUCGGCAGUGAGAGGGGGAGAGUGGCGAGAACAGAAGGAGUUGGGGAGACAGGACAGGUGCCCCGUCUUCUAGAAACUUCUGGAAUCUUCAGAGAGCUGUGCUCCUGGCUAUUGGGGUACCCAUCGACUGAACCCUGGGAGGACUGCCGAUGUACCUGGACACACUUAAUAAAUUAUUUUGUAUCUGUUUUUCAAGGACUUCAGGAUGUUUUCUCUGAGAAGACCGUCUUAAAAGCGUACAUUUCAGUGAGACCAGCAUAGUUUAGUGUCUUUUUAUUCCAUAUCACACAUUUCAGUAUAUUAUGUCCAUAUUCUUUAUGACAUAGACCAUAGCUUUUCUUUUUUAGGAGGACAUUUUAUCUGCAAAUUGUGUGGUUCUCAUAAUAUUAAGUGAGGAAAUGGAAUCUUUACAAAUAGUAGUUCUGUUCCAUCAAUCAAAAGGAGUUGAGAAGUGAAUCAAAGGUUUCUUAAGAUCUCUGUCAGAACUCUUAAUUUAGCUUGAGUGAUGGAUUUGUGUUCAAAUAUAGAGUUUUGCCACCUCUAUCUUUGAAAUGGUGGAGACAUUAGGAUAUUCAGUAUUUCUCACGAAAAUCAAUUAUACCUGAAGGGUCCAAAUCUUAUAGAGACAUCAUGACCUCGAGCUGCCAACCACCACAUAAAUCAGGUGGACAUUUGUAUUGGGUCCCAUUCUACAACACGUUCUGUCAUUCAGCACCCCAGAGAGGGAGAGAGAGGGUGGACCUGGGGUGAUGCACAACAGCCAGCCUCUAUGCAAAAACUCUACUGGUGGUUCAUUGGUUUAUUGGUUUAUUAGUAAGGAAUAAAGCAUUUAAUCCAUAUAAUGAGAUGUCGCCUGAACCACAAGGCCAAACAUAUACCCCAUCACCCUGCAGUGGCACUGGGGUGUCCUUUUAAACCAUUUUUAAUAUUCUGUGCAGUCUGUCUGUAUUCAUAGCAUAACUGACUGUUCAACCAGAUAUCUAGAGCAACAACCCUCUAUAAUGCCCACUUGAGUUGAGCCACAGCUCAUGAUAUGAAAUGGGCAGAAAAUGUAUCCUUCCCUAUUCUUCUCUGUCAGUCUCUGCCUCUUUCUCUCUCCUGUGAAGUCCUGUGCUAUUCGAGGACGUCCUCCAAUAUGUGAACGUAUGCAAACAGGAAUCCUCACGCUCUAUGGGAUGUGAGCCAUGUACAGUUGUACAGAAGCAUAUAAACGAUAUGCCUUAGAUAGCUUUGUUUUUAAUGAAGACAUAGUGGUACUUGAAUCAUUUAAAUAAGCUUGUUUGUCUUUAUGUUGUUUUUUGUUCAUUUUUAUUUUAUUUUUUGUUGUCUGUUUAUCUUGUUUUGUACUGAAGCCCCCCUAUACUCCAUAAUUAUGUAUAUGAUUCAUGGCAUUUUUAAGACGAAUAUUAUAUUUAGCAAAUCUAGGUCUAAACAAUUUCUCCCAGAAUGUUGGACUUGUAUUUUCUGUAUGAUUUUAUAAAAGCAUUUUUUCCGUUGGCAUUAA